UAGCGGUUUGAGAAUAUGAUUAACGAUAAAAAAAGAAAAUCAUUGGAAUACCAAAACAAGUACUAAAUCAUAGAAUCUUUGAACUGAUAAAGAAAGUAGUAAAAGAUUGUAUUUUUGUGUUAAAACUGCCACUCCUGCUCUUCUGCUCGCUCGCUUUCUCUUCACAAUGAAUUCUGGAAGUGGGAGUUCAAGUACCAGCCUCUCUGGUCUGGAUGAUUCUCAGCUGGGAAGUUUUGACUCCACAGCGGAGUCUAUACCCGAUUCUACAGAACAGAAUGAUCUUGGUAUUACUUAUGUUUCACCUGGCGAACUUGAGAGCCAACAAUCUGAUAUUCAACAACUUGAGCCGCAGAUAUGUCAACAUGGACAGCAGCAGGAUAGACCAGACUACGUAAAGGGUGCUUGUGCCUUUCAAUUAACUCAGUACUUGUAUCAGCAGCGGCAUAGACCCACUGAUAACAAUAUUGAGUUCUGGCACAAAUUUGUUUCAGACUUCUUUACUAACGAUGCAAAGAAGAGAUUGUGUGUUUCAGCGUAUCUAAAUAGAAGCCUUAGUAGCGAUAGCACCGGUUCUUCCCAGGGUUGGCAUUGUGAGUUCUGCAAUCAGAAGGCUUUUCGUGGUUACGAAGCAAUUGCUGAGGCUCUGCCUAGAUUAUUCCAAAUCAAAUACGAAAGACCCACUUUAGAAGAGCUUCUUUAUGUUGAUAUGCCUCAUGAAUCCCAGAACUCAAGCGGUCAAGUUGUCCUUCGCUAUGAACAGGCCAGACAAGAAGGUGUCUAUGAGAACCUUCGUAUGAUACGUGAUGGUCAACUUCGUGUUGUUUUCUCUCCAGAUUUGAAGAUUGGCUCUUGGGAAUUUUGUGCACAGCGUCAUGAGGAGCUUAUUCCACGAAAUUUGAUAAAAACAAAGGCACGUCAGCUUGUAGAUGCAGCACAAAAAUGCCGAUUUUCUUCUGAAAAUGCAUUGUGGCUAUUCGAACCUGGUCUAGAAAAUACCUUUAUUGGGGUAAACGAAUCUGCUAGUCAUUUGACAGAAGCUUUGGAGACAUCUUUGUUUACUGGUUAUGGAUACAGUUUGAGAUAUAUUCGGUAUUUACAGGUAUUAAUGAUAGAUAAUAGUUUGCAGGAGGCGAUGGACUUCAGCCGAGUAUCUGGGAAGGGACCAAUGGAUAGGCUUGUUCCAAGCUUAGUUUCUUUUCCCUUGAUCGAAACAAGAGCCGAUCUUUUCAGCCAGUGAAAUCCACUUUCUGAAGCUUGUUGAGGACUUGAAGACUGGUUCGAUUAACAUUCAAAGACAAGCGAUUGUUUUACUCAGGCUACUUGCAAAAUAUAACACGAACAAUUGGUUUGGUAUAUUUUUAGCAAACU